ACAUUUAUCAGUUUAGUUUAAUACCAACAGUUAAUAAGAAAUGAUGUUACUUUAAGAAUUGAAUCGGUUAAAAUAAUAAAUCUUGUAGUAUAAUAAUACUCAAAUGGGAUUACGAAUAUAAAGAAUUUUAUUCUCUUUAGUGAUCGUGUUAAAUUAUGUAUAAUAUGAACUUAAGUAAUAUCUAUGAAAAUAUCGUAAAAGACGCAGACCCGCGAGUGAAACUAUGGCCAUUAGUUGAUUCUCCAUCCACAAUAACAACGAUCAUUGGAAUUUAUCUGAUAUCAAUAUUUAUUGGACCCAAAUAUAUGAACAAUAAACCUGCUUAUUCAUUGCAAAGAUUUAUUCAGUUUUAUAAUAUUUUUCAAAUUUUAGCUAACAGUAUUAUAAUAUACAUGUUCUUAGAUGCAGGAUGGUAUGAAAAUAUAUUUAUUUAUUGUGUACCCAUAACAUAUUCUACGGAUCCCAAUUCUAUGAAGAUAGCGUUAGCGAUGUGGUAUACGAUGAUAUUAAAGAUGAUAGAUCUGAUCGAAACAGGGAUAUUCGUGCUACGAAAAAAAAAUAAUCAGAUAUCGUUUUUACACUUGUAUCAUCAUGUUACAACAGCGCUUCUAUCUUGGCUAUGUAUAAAAUUUUAUGCUGCAGGAAUGACUACUUUCAUUCCAAUGUUAAAUUGUACCGUACACGUCAUUAUGUAUGGAUAUUAUUUUUUAUCAUCAUUGGGUAAAGAAAUACAAAAGUUGAUUUUACCCUAUAAGCCAAUUAUGACUAUUAUUCAAAUGGUACAAUUCGUCAUACUGUUAAUGCAUCUUCUACAAACAUUUCUAUCGGAUUGUAAAGUCCCGAAAUUAUCAAGUUUUAUUAUGAUUAUUAACUUAAUCAUAAACUUUUUAUUGUUCCUUAACUUCUAUAUGAAAAGUUACAAAAAUUCAAAAACGAAAAAUAAAUAAAUAAAAGGAGGUAUUAAAAAAAAAAAACAAUUCAUAUUUGCAAAAGGAAAGGUCGAAUAUCGUAACUAAUGUCGAAUAUUAGAAGUAAUCGUGUAUUUAAAUGGAAUAACUGUACCAUUAAAUAAAUAAAAAUGUUUGUGCGAUA